AUGGAUUCAUCAUCGUCUACAACACAAGGAAUACAAGAGACGUUAAAAAGUCUUAAAAAGAAUAUUGAUUCUAUCACAAAACAGAUUGAUGAAUUAAAUCAUCAACGUAAAAACUUACAAGUGCAAUAUGAUCAAUUAAAAUCUCAAUUAACUACAGCCCGUGUCCAAGAAAUUUCAAAUUCUCUAGAUAAAUCGUCUGAAUACAAUUCAGAAUCAUUAUUCCCAUGGACUUCAGAAGUGAAUCGAGUGAGAAAAGAAGUCUUUCAAAUUUCAGAAUUUCGUCCUUUACAAAUAACAGCAAUUAAUGCAGUUUUAGAUGGUCGUGAUGUAAUCCUAGUUAUGCCUACAGGCGCAGGCAAAAGUUUGGUAUAUCAAUUACCUGCAUUACUUAAUGUUAAUGCUUUCAAAGUGAACGGACGAUAUCGUGGUUCAUUAACGUUAGUUAUAAGUCCAUUAGUUUCUUUAAUGGUUGAUCAAUCGAUUAACUUGACCAGAUACAGUCUUGAGCCAGAUACAAUAGCAGUUUUAGAUGCGAAUACACCAUUACAAGAACAACGUCGAAUUCUCUCAUUACUUGCAGAAAAACCUAACAAAACAAAUGCUUCAACAAAAUCUAAUUUACGCUUAUUAUAUGUAACUCCAGAAAAAUUGGCUAAAAGUAAAUUAUUAUUAAAUCGUUUAGAGAUUGUUUAUUCAACAAAUCGAUUAGCUUGUAUUGCUAUUGAUGAAGUACAUUGUGCUAGUCAAUGGGGUCAUGAUUUUAGACCGGAUUAUAAAUUUCUACAUAUAUUAAGACGUCAAUUUUCAAAUGUACCAAUUAUUGGUUUAACUGCAACUGCAACUACUGAAAUAAUUGUAGAUAUAGAGAAUAUGUUGGGUCUUAAUGUAGACAAAUGUUUAGUAUUAAGAACUAGUUAUAAUCGAGAAAAUUUAAAUUAUUAUGUUAAACCAGUCAGUGGAUCUAUCAAAGCAUCUGUUAAAUAUUUAUAUGAAUUAAUUAAUAAAAAUUAUACUAAUCAGUCAGGCAUUGUAUACUGUUUUUCUCAGAAAGAUACUGAAGAUGUUUCUUCAGAACUAAAGAACUUUGGGUUAAAGGUAGCUCCAUAUCAUGCUAACUUAGAUUUUAAUUAUCGAUCUACAGUUCAUUCCGGUUGGAGUCAAGGAAAAAUUCAAGUAAUUGUUGCCACUGUAGCUUUUGGUAUGGGUAUUGAUAAAGCUGAUGUUCGUUUUGUAAUACACUUUUCUUCGAGCAAAAGUUUAGAAAAUUAUUAUCAGGAAUCAGGUAGAGCGGGACGUGAUUCGAACUCGGCGGAUUGUAUAUUAUUGUGGCGUUUUUCAGAUCUAUUUCGUUUAGCCAGCAUGGUAUCAUCUGAACGAACAGGGAUUGCAAAACUUUGUCAAAUGGUUGGAUAUUGUAUUGAUCCAAAUAAAUGUAGACGUUAUUUAAUUUCAAAAAAUCUCGGUGAUACUUCUUGGUCUACUGAUGACUGUAAAAAUGCUUGUGACAAUUGUCAACGUAAAAGCACAAAUAAGUCAGAUGUAUCCACUCUGAUUCAAAUAAAAAUCAAUGAAUUACUGAAUGCAACAAAACAAUUAUUAUUUGAUCAAAGUUUAACAAAACAAGAAAGGAUAACUGGCCCUAAAUUAAUUGAUCUGAUGUCUUGUAAUAAACAAAUACAAUCUAUCAGUCAAAAAUUAUUAAAUAAAAAUCAAGAAAAAUCUGAACGUCAAUUUUAUGAGCAUUUUAUAUCUUGGUGUUUAAUUCAUCAAUAUUUAAAAUUUGAUUUUCAUUUUACACCAUAUUCAACUGUUUGUUAUGUUGUAAACAAUGACAAUGUAGUUAAUAAUGAACACAUUGAAUUAAUGCCUUAUUUAUUAUCAAAUAAGAAAGAAUUAGAUAAAGUUAUGAAAGAGUGUUUUCAUGUAGUAGAUGUUAAACGAAAAAGAAUACAUUCAACUGAAAUUGUUGAUCUUACAUAG